CGCGGCUCGGCCUCCGCCGCCGACUUCCUCAGCGCCGCCAGCACGCUCUCAGGGGGCAGGUCGACCAGCUCCUGCCAGAUCGACUUGGUGUAGAAGUCCACCGUGUGCGCGCUGGAAAUGGCCAGGGCGCCCCUGAGGAAGCUCAGCAAGUCCUGUAACUUGGUGUGCAGCGUGGGCAGGUCCGGGGUCCUGGGGAGAGAGCAGGCCGCAGCCAUGACGCUCGCCCUCCAGGGCUGCAGGUGGCGCCAACAUGGCCGCGGGACACCUCUCUCCCCCUCUCCCCGGAAGCAGCACAGGCUGAAGCAGUCGAGCUCCGAGCAGGCGCUAAUUUGAGGGGGGGGAAAACGGGCGAUUGAUUGCUUUUGCCUGGUGACGUAUUAUGUCGGCGUCCACCGUAGUUCCUAGAACCCGCUGGUGCAAAAUGGCGCCCGGGCGACCGUCUUCGAGGUGGCGAACCGGCGGAUUUGCGGCGCGUGGGGAAGGGACUCCUCAGGUCAGAUUCGGGAACCAGAAUGGGAAACGCAGGACCUGGCGGCCGAACCACCAGCAAGCCUUCCUGGGGAGCGUGCGCGAGGGGCAAGGCUUUGCAUUUCGGAGAAAACUGAAGAUCCAGCAAAAUUAUAAGAAAUUACUGGGGAAGGUCAAGAAGGCACCAACCUCACAGGAAUCCCAGUUCACUGAUCAUUACCCAGAGCACCUGAAACACCUCUAUCUAGCCGAAGAAGAAAGACUCAGAAAACAGCAAAGAAAGGUUGGCCUGGCUUUGUCAGAAGAACAAGCUGACCAGCCUUUGCCUGAAGUGGAAGGCAACACUGAGCAGACUUUGUCUGAAGAACAGUCCAGUGUUCACCAGCCUCAGCCAGAAGAGCUAAAUACAGUAAAUUCUGUGACUUUUCCAAAGAAAAAGAAAAAGAAAACUUCAAACCAAAAGGCACAGGAAGACUAUGAGCGAGUACAAGCAAAGCGAGCUGCUAAGAGAUUUGAAUAUGAAAUGAGAAAGCAAGAGAGAGAAGAGGCUCAAAAGCUCUACAAAAAGAAAAAAAUGGAAGCUUUCAAAAUACUGAGCAAAAAGACUAAAAAGGGCCAGCCUAACCUGAAUGUACAGAUGGAGUACCUUCUUCAGAAAAUACAGGAGAACAGUUAAAGCGGACACUUUGUUUAUAAGCACUGAAUUCUGACUGACUGUUGCAUCCUUUUAUAUUGUAUCAGGAGCCUCCUCAUGGUGAACUUUACUUGCUGGCAUCAAAUGGAUUGCUGAAUUAAAUUUUAUUUUUGUGAAAGAAAAAUUUCUAUAUAGACUUUAUCCUGAAGAUCUUUAAAAACUUAAGUGGAAUUUGUAUGAAAUAAACUGCUUUGAAAUAGGA